GCAAUCUCGAUGUAACAAUUAAGAUUGCUCACUAAUCUUAAUUGUUUACAGAAUGACAAUCAGUUGAUUCGUUUAAAUAUGUUCACUUUCUAAUAAUCAGUAUAAGUGUAAAGUUGUCCCUCUAAUAUUAAUCAUGAUUAUCUCAACAAUUAACAUUCUGUAUGGAUUAAUUUUCUUACUCCAAGUGCCAAGACUUUUAAUCACUUUUAGAUUACCGAUUUCAUCAACUACUGAAUCAACACCUUCGAUUGCUCCGAUAGCUACGAGUUUCCAAACAAUUAUGGAUCAUAUUAAUUCACUUAAAUCACCUGAGAGUAUUACCCCAAGUGAAUCACAAUUAACACCUCGAUCAACUUAUCCAACCCACAAAUCAACUUAUCCUUAUGUUUAUCAUACAAUUAAGAAAACAAUUUUACCUUCAUCGGCACUAGAAUUGGCUAAUUCAUCGGAGAGCAACAAUUUCAACAAGUAUUACGCUUUUCCCGAAAGUCCAUCUUACAGUGAUCUUAGUUAUCGGCAAACAACACCCGAAAUGGGAAUGGAUCUUAGUCCCGGAAUUGGAGGGUCGACAUUUAAUCCGAUUGCAUCUUAUGCUUCAUCGAUACCAAUGUCGGCAAGUUUCAUGGGUCAGCCGUCAUUUGCUUCACCGGCACAAAUGUUUAAACCGAUUGCACUUUACAACUAUGCUGGUGGGGACUCUGGUUAUGGUGGUGGUGGUCACGAUUCUGGCCAUUCUUCCGGCCAUAGUUAUGGCCAUGGACAAGGUUAUGGUUAUCAGCAUCAUUAUCCGAAAAACGAGCAUCAUGGUCACCAUGCAGUUCAAUAUAUUCCUAUUCCAGUGUCGGUUGGUCAUCAAGAGAAAUCGUCGCAUCACAAACACGAUUUGACGACUUUACUAGCGGCGAUCGCUAUUGCCGCUGGUUUACCCCUUUUACUUGGCGCUCUUUUACUUCCUCUUGGUGUUUUAUUCCUACUCAAUUUAGCCACGUUGAUCGCUGUUCUGGCCACGGGACUUGGAGGUGCUACGAACGGAACCCGAUCGGGUGGACCUGCGUUAGCUCGUGGUAGAAGGUCAAUCGGUGAUAAUAAUUUCUCAUUUGAUUUCGAUAAUGAAUUCAUGACAAUUUUUCACAAUUUAAUUCUAGAUUCUAUUUACAAUUGGAUCGAAUCAUCUUUUCCUUAAUCAUCUUUAUUCAAAUUCAAUUUCGCAAUUUAGAAUGGUACAAAUAUUUAUUAUUCAUCUAUGAAGAUUAGGUUUUCACACUUUUUGCUUUUCAGAUUAAUUCUCAAUGAUUAAGUGUUGGAAAAUCUAAACUUCAUUGUUAUCGGCAAUUAAACGGGUUUAAUUAACAGGUUAAUUGUAAUGUAUUUUUUUAGUAAUAAUUUGAUUGAAACAAAACUCAUUUUCCAAUAGAUUUACAUUGUAACUCUUGUUUCACAUUCAAGCUAAGAUUAAUUAGCAGAGCACUUUGGUCAAUAUUUAUAUAUUAUGAUCUUAAUGAAUGAGAUACAAACGAUUAAUAAUAAAUUGUAACAAUUAACAAAAAGUUGAAAAAGUUAAAUAUUAAAAAAGAUUUUCAAACUUUUCUAUUAAUUUCUUUUCACUUCCAUUAAACUUCAAUCAACUAAUAACCAUGGAAGAAUUAAAAUUAAGCAGAUCCAUGAAAAUCCUUCAGGACAAAU